CCUGCCGAGGAAAUGGAGCUCUACCUGCACAAACUAUCUCAGCCCAGCCGCGCCGUCUACAUUUUUGCCAAGAAGAACGGCAUCCCCUUCAAGAUGCAUGACUUGGAGAUGGCUAAAGGGCUGCAUCUGAGUGAGUUCAUGCGGGUAAAUAAGCUGAAGAGUGUGCCUACCCUUAAGGAUGCGGACUUCGUCUUAACAGAGAGCUCAGCCAUCCUGAUUUACCUGAGCUGUAAAUACCAGACAGCAGACCACUGGUACCCACGUGACCUGCAGGCCCGGGCCCGUGUCCAUGAGUAUCUGGGCUGGCAUGCCGACCACAUCCGUGGCACGUUUGGUGUCCCCCUGUGGACCCGGGUGCUGGCACCGCUCAUUGGAAUACAGGUGCCUGAGGAAAAGGUGGAGCGCAAUAGGACUGCCAUGGACCGGGCGCUGAAACGGCUGGAGGACAAGUUCUUGGGAGACAGGGCCUUCCUUGCUGGCCAGCAGGUGACACUGGCUGACCUCAUGGCACUGGAGGAGCUGAUACAGCCCGUGGCUGUCGGCCAUGACCUGUUUGAGGGACGGCAGCGACUGGCAGCGUGGCGUGGCCAAGUGGAGGCUUUCCUGGGUGCGGAGCUGUGCCAAGAGGCUCACGGCCCCAUCUUUUCCGUCCUGGAACAGGUGGCCAAGAAAACAUUCCCUGUACCACCACCAGAGGCUUAUCCAAAUAUGCUGAGUCGCAUUGCCAGGAUCCCCUGAGGAGUCUGUAACCGGGGCCAGGAGAUUAGUCAGAAGAGAUUCACUCUG